UCAGUGUAAGUAACAGACCCAUAUAAAUACUUGGUUCCGUAUACCGUUCCGAGAUGUGCAGUGGUUAAAAGAUUCUUUCUCCGUUAUUCACUUCCCUUUGGUAUCAAGAAAUCCUUUCUUUGAUCGUUCCUAACUAUAGCAAGACAAAUAUAAGAAUUAGGGUUUCGAAUUGAUUUCUAGGGCUUUGUUUACUACCAAGAACUUGAAAUCUAGGGUUUUUGUUUGCGUAAAUGUUCACUUGAAUCUCUGCAAAUGGUGAGCGAUCAGCAAGACCUCAUUGGCCCGUACUUUCUCGAGAUGUGCAAGCUGAACUCGAAGGCUUGGACAGACAUGGAAAUGGAGGAAGAAGAGGAGGUUCCGACGGAGCUCGACACAGUCAACAGCUCCGGAGGUUUCGCGGUGGUGUUGCCCGAUAGGCUCACGGUUCAGUACUCCAGUGUGAACUUGCACGAACACGACGUCGGCGCCGUUCAGGCGAAUCGACCCGCUCCGGUGAAGCGACUCGUCUACUACUUCGAGAUGUUUGUCAAGAAUCAUGGCGCCAAGGGCAAGGUUGCCAUCGGAUUCACUUGCGAGGGUUACAACAUGCGCAGACAACCCGGAUGGGAAGCAAACAGUUAUGGGUAUCAUGGGGAAGAGGGAAAGUUUUUUCAUGGACAAGGAAAUGUAGAGGACUUUGCCGCAAAAUUUGAGGCUGGUGAUACAGUUGGAGGUGGUAUUAACUAUGCUACACAGGACUUAUUUUUCACUAGAAACGGGGUUAUUGUAGGAACAGUCUACAAGGAUGUGAAGGUUCCCUUAUAUCCUACUGUUGCUGUUCACAGUCAAAAUGAAGAGGUGAGUGUCAACUUUGGGAAAGAACCAUUCCGUUUCGAUCUUAAGGCAUAUGAAGCGCAAGAAAGAGCAAAGCAAGAGAUGAUAAUUGAAAAUGUAUCUUUACCGCAGAAUGUCAGUUAUGAAAUAGUCCGUUCCUACUUACUACACUAUGGCUACGAAGAUACACUCCAAUUAUUUGACAUGGCUAGUAAAAGUACUGCUCCUUCCAUUCCAUUGGCUAAAGAAAAUGGCUUCACUGAACCAGAGAUGUAUGCAUUAAACGAGAGAAAGACUCUUCGCCAGCUAAUCAAGAUUGGGAAGAUUGAUGAUGCGUUUGGUAAACUUCGUGAUUGGUAUCCUCAGAUUGUUCAGGAUGGUACAUCGGCUACUUGCUUUCUGCUUCACUCUCAAAAGUUUAUUGAACUAGUCCGGGACGGAAAGCUGGAGGAGGCUGUGGCAUACGGAAGGAUCAACUUCGAAAAAUUUUAUAGGUUGGCUGAAUUUGACAAUCUAGUUAAGGACUGUGCUGCUUUAUUGGCAUAUGAACAACCGCAGAAGUCUUCGGUUGGAUAUCUUCUUGAAGAUUCACAUCGAGAGAUUGUGGCUGAUGCUGUUAAUGCGAUGAUCUUGUCAACAAAUCCUAACAUGAAAGAUUCACAGGGUAGCUUGCAUUCCUAUCUCGAGCGGCUACUCAGGCAGCUAACUGCUUGCUACUUGGAGAGGAGGUCCCUAAAUGGAGAUCAAGGUGAAGCCUUCCAUUUGCACAAAGUACUUACCAGCAGUAAGAAGGUUUAGUCUUAUCUGAUAUAUUCUUUACAUCUGUGCAUCUCCCCAUGUUCAUAUCCCCAGUUGACCUUUUCCUGAACCAGAUCACAUGUGAAAAUUUUUGGUCUAUACACCAAGUAAAACCCCCUCCCCUCCCCCCACUUAAAUGCUUCAUCCCUUGGAGUGUCGGGGAUUCUCUCUCCAUACUCAAGUUUGUAAAAUUCGUGAAUGAAACAUUCUUAGUUGAACUGAAUGAUGAACGCCAUUUGUACUUCCUUAGAAACAGAAUGUUGAAGACCGUACUCGUCAUGACUUUGAUAUUGAGGUGAUAUAUUUUUACCUUUAGAUACAUUCAAUAUGGAAAAUAAUCUGGUUUCUUGGGGCUGCUA